AUGUCGGAAAGUGAAUCAUUAAAUUCCAUCACCACAAAUGAUGAUCAGCAGCAAAUAGUUGUAACAGAGGAAGGGAAGAGUGAAAUAAACGAGGAAAUUGAAACUUUGGGAGAAGGAGAAAAUAAUAGACCAUCACCACUUAUACCUAAAGAAUUAGUUUUUGAUUCUAAAUUGAUACAAUAUAUUUCCGAGUAUAGAGAUGAAAUUAAGAUGAAGCCGAGAUGUGAUUUGUUGGAGUGUGAAGCUAAAUCAUUGGAAGUUUUAAUUAAUGAUCAAGGAUUUAAGUAUGUGACGAGAAAAAUGAUGGGAAAAGAACAUUUGGAAGAAGCUUUUUUCAUUGAAUUUUUAGAAAGCUAUUGCUUAGAUUAUUACAAUUUCAUAAAUACGGGAGAGGAAUUAAAUCAUGAUGAAGAGGAAAUUCAAACCCCUGAAGAGGAUACAUCAUCAUCAACUACAAAAGUACAAUCCAAUGUUGUGAUUGAAGAGUUGACCAAUACUGAAGAUCUGAAACAAAAUGAAUAA